UUUUAUUUCAUUUUCGCCCUUAUUAAGGUUUGCUGUAACACGUAGGACGUGUGCGUGAGGAGCUGCAGUUUGUGUUACUUCUCCAGGACAACUCAAAUUUGAAAAUGGGACCAGAUGAACGCUUUGUCAAUGAACGACAGCUUCUGGUCGAAACCCAGAGGAUUGGGAGAGCCCGAGCUCGCAAGUUAUUCCUGGAAAACAAGCAACGCAGAAAGGCUCUGGAGGAAAGGCAAAAGCGAUGGGAUCUGAUGGAGAAACAGCUGAGAGAGAACAUACUGCAGCAACGCAGACAGCAAAUAAAGGAUGCCACCAAUCGUUUCCAAAGAGCACAUCUGCCUCCUUCUGAGAGGGAACAGCAAACUUUUAGAAGGAAUGUCCCAAAUAUUGAAGAUGCACUUAUCCAAAUACAAGGCAUCACAAGCUCACACAAACAGGAGUUCUCCAGCAGAACCUUAAUUUCUUCUCCUAAGUGUUCGGUUGUGCCAAAAUACCCCUUCCACCAAACCCUUUCUACAGUGGAACGGGGGCUAACUUAUCUGAAGUCAAACAGUCAAACUCAAAAGACUCAAGAUGAACAACAACAACACAGUGGUGGUCUACAGGAACACAAUACUUCUGUUGGCUGUAAUUCUGAAAGCAUUUCAAGUAAAGACAGUUUGGACAGUGAAGAACCCAACAUCAACAGGAUUCCAAUCAACACAUCCAAUCAUAAUCAACAGGAUUCCAGUCCACCAUUCUUCCUUCACUCAAAUAAGCCCCACCCAAACCAGAAAAACCAAAGUGAUUUGGGUCCACCAUCUUCUUUGUCAGUGAUGAUGCUUCUUGCAGAUAACUUGUCCCCAAAAAGAACACAUCAUGAAUCUAAGCACAGUCCAGAAGUGACUGACGGACUCAACAACGCAAUACACAAAUUUACCAAAGCGUCUUUGAGAUUCACAUCUGAGAUACAACCUUCUCUGGAGAGCUGCAAUUUCUUGGCACUUUAUGAUAUUGAAGCAAACCCAAAGCACUGUGGGGAAGAAGCCAAAGGCAACAGUCCCAGUGAUAAUGUCACAGUCAUUGCAAUUAAAACUGCUUCCAGCAGCACAGCGCAUGAAUCAUCUCCUAAACAAGAGGCACUGUUGGAUUUCAGAAAACAGAUGUUCCAAGAUGAUGUGCAAUUUAAACAUCAAACACCAACAGAAAUCAUGUUGUCUCAAAAAAGUGGCAACUACAAAGAUAUUUUGUUUGGGGCUCCCCCAGACCCACAUAUUUUUUUGAGUGACACCUCAGUUGUCAGUUUGUCACAAAAGCAAACUCUUCAUUUCUCAAGAAAAGAGGAGCCAAGUGCUUACAUAAACAACCUCAAUAAGGUACUGAAUACAGAAAUGAAAAAUGAGAAGUCCAUUAUUUCAGCAUCACAGCAACAUACGUGCAUGUCAAACAUUCAGCCAGACCAUCCAAAAAGCGUGAAGUGUCCUGAAGAGAAGGAACAAAGAGUAGAGACAUCUCAUAAAGAAUUCAAAGUAUGUAAAGUAAACUUCAUUAAAGGAAUCCUCAAAAAGCAAUCAAAAUGUCUGUCACAGGAUACCACAUCAGUUUAUGGUUUUGGACAUUUAACAUUUUCAAAACAUCUUGCUUUAGCACUUAGAGAUAGUAUUGAAUUGACCCGGGGUAAAACCAAACAGGUAGAGAGCAAUAACACUGUCAAAAAGAAGUUACGCUGGUUUGAUGAGAUACAUUUGGAGAAACAGGACAAAGAACAAAGUAUUAAUGUUAUGAAACAGAAGAAAGACAAGUCUUCAAGUCUGUGUUGCUCACAGAGCAGUCCAGAUGACCAUCAGCUAAUCUCUACCACAGUCACAGGGGCUUCCAAGCCUGGACCAGGCAUGGCCUAUCAAGCAUCUGCUGACUAUCACUUCACAAAGCAAGCAUGGGCAGAUGCUGGGGUUCAAGUCAGCUUGCCUCAAGAUGUGGUCAACGUACCAAAGAGUUGCACCAGGGCUGGUGGUCCCAAGGUCCCUUGGAGAGAGCGUAAUGCCAGAGUUGGAGUGCCGUCUCGGAAGGGCACAGUUAUACGACCUCAGUCUGUCAUUGAGGUUAAUCAAAUUGCGAAGACCCAUGGUAAGAUCAUGGCACCUCGUCCACCUCCCAGGAUAGAAAUAAUAAAAGAAAAGAUGCCGAGCAUCGCCAAGACUCCAUCUGGUAUGGAUCAUACCAGUGUCAAUCACAACCAGGCUCCACCUACACAGAUGCCACAUAAGGACAAUACAAAACUCUUUUUCUCACCCAAUACAUAUUUUCAAGCAAAUGAUAAUGCUGUGCAUACAGUGGUGGAACCCUCAUACUGUUGUCCUGUGAGAGAGAAAAGCACCCAUGGCACAUCUAGUUCAGGUCACCAGGAAGCUCAGCACUGCAGUGGAAGAGGAGAAGUGGCAUACAGUAAAAAAGGUCUGUGUUUAGAGUGCACUCCUACAGAUGAGGAGAUCUCAGAGCUCUGGCAUGGUGUCCGCAGUGCCUUAGCCAACAAAGAGGAGCUCGUUUUUAGAAAACAGGUUCAACAGAGCAGGCCAACUGAAGGGAAAAUCUCUGUGGCUCAGCACCAACAGCAGUCUGGUUCAGGCAGCAAACGUUUCCUACAGCCCUCCGAGACCACAAAUCCAGUUAAACCGUCUUCCAGUUCUCAUGAGAUGACCUUUCCACAGGAAGGUUUGGAUGGGGCAACCUACCUGGCAGAUGGUUCUGUUGAGCACCAACAAAAACAGGGUGUGGUAGUGGUCCAGAUGCAGAGAACUGGCAUGAUGCAAAAGCCCAACCAACAGCAGGGAAUAACUGCCAUUUCAGUGGAAGAGCAGAAAAUCCUCCAUUCUCUGGAGAGGCUUGACCACAAGUUGCACUGUGUGUGGGAACACGUUGAGGAUAACACUGGUAACAGUGACUAUUGUGCACCCUCUAUGAGGGAAGGAAAGGUUAUGAACCCUUACAAGGACUGUGGUGCCUCAGCUAACAGCCAGAGUCAAAAUCAGAGGACAUUCUGACGUGUUCUGCAGUAUGCUGUAGCUGUAUGCGUAUGUAGCUAUGUCAGUAAGGUUCAAAGCAAUGUGAUGACCACAUUUGUACAGAAUGGAAGAAACGUCUGAUGGCAAUGAUUAAAACUAACAGGUGUUUUUGGAUGUAAACUCAAGUUGCACAAAGAACCUUUGACCACGUUUUGCUGAGUCCUAUCAAAGUACAAAGCUUUAUAUUUCAGAGCAGAACCUUCUAACAAAAUUAGGUAAAAUUGGUUAACUAUUUUUCGAUUUUUCACAUUUGCUUCCAUCUAGAGUUUGUAUGA